AUUGCAAUACUAAUCAUAGAUUGUACAUGUGUGCCAAAUUUAAACUUGCUGCUGAUAAUGACAAGGGUCAAUUUGUUAAAAAACAUAAGUUAUGCAUUGUUUGUUUGAAUGCGCAUGGUGGUAAAUGCAAGCUGCGUUUGAAAUGCUCAAUCUGUCAGCAAUGGCACAAUACGCUUCUGCAUGGUGUGGAAAUGGCUAAGAUGGAGGCGAGCAAUGUCGCCACUGCCAGUUCUUCUGCCGCAGUGCCCUGUGCUGACGUUGGAAGGUCUGACAGGGCAGUAGCUAUGUCAAGUACCUCGCCUGUGAAGGAUGUGCUGCUACCUACCGCUAUAGUGCUUCAGAGGGAAUCACUGCCUCUAACGCCGCAAGGUCCCUACCUGGUUAGUACCAGCCUAGGUUAUAUUGUAGCAGGCAGCCUACCAGUAUCCGUUGGAAACAUCCAUUCUUCAAAUUUCUGUGUAACAGUUCAAGGUACCCCCCAUAAUAUUUCUCAUAAUUCUCAUAAUGAUCAACUUGAUAGUAUUGAACAUACUAUUUCAAAUUUUUGGAAAUGUGAAAAAGUACCUGAAAUUUAUAAAGAAGGUAUUACUGAACAUCAACUAGCUGAGGAAUGUUUUCAAAACUCUGUCAAACUUGUUGAUGGAAAGUUUUGUGUAGAUUUACCUUUAAAACUUAAUUUAAACGAUAUCCAGAUGGGUAACUCAUUUAAUCAGGCAUUGCAUCGUUUUCAUAAUUUAGAAAGGCAUUUCGCUAAAGAUGAUAAGUUAUAUCAACAGUAUAAGAAGUUCAUUCAUGUUUAUCUUGAGCAAGGCCAUGCCAUGUACUUUGAUAUAUCUAACUAUGAUCCUAGGGCAGGUAAUGUGUAUUUCUUACCUCACCACCCAGUCAUUAAUUUAAAUAGUAAAACUACUCCGGUUCGAGCUGUCUUUGACGCGAGCAUGAAAACCAAUAAAGGUAUUUGUCUAAAUGACAUGAUGCUUAAUGGGCCUGUUGUGCAAAAUGAUUUAUUUGAUAUUUUGACACUAUUUAGGAGUUUUAAAUAUGUUUUACUGUGUGAUAUAAAGGCUAUGUAUAGGGGUAUAUUAGUGAGUAAAGACCAUUGCUGCUUGCAAAAUAUUCUUUGGCGAGAUUCUGUUGAUCAAAGUGUGCAAUGUCUUCAGCUACAAACUGUCACAUAUGGUUUAAAGAGUUCUGCAUUUUUAGCAACUAGGUGUUUGAUUGAACUUGCUGAACGGUACCAAGAGAAGUAUCCAUUAGCAUCUUUUGUGUUGAAAUAUUCUACAUAUGUCGAUGAUGUUUUAUGUGGUUCCAACGAUAUUUUAGAGCUUGUUGAGAUAAAAAGGCAACUUAUUGAGCUUUUGAACUUAGCUAGUUUUUCAUUACACAAGUGGUGUUCAAAUAACACUGAAAUAUUAGAUGACAUUCCUAUAGAAAUUCAUCAAUUAAAUAAAGAGGAUUUUGAUAAAACAAAUACUUUUGUGAAAACUUUAGGCUUGUCAUAUGAUGUGACUUCUGAUACUUUAAGUAUGAAGUGUCCAAGCGCUGAAAUACAAAAACCUUCUACUAAGAGACAAAUGUUAAGUUUUAUUAGCAAAUUUUUUGAUCCUUUGGGUUUGGUAGGUCCUAUUUUGGUGCAAGCUAAAUACUUAAUGCAACAAGUCUGGUUUGAAAAGUUAAAGUGGGAUGAUAUUCUCCCUGAUGCUUUAAAUAAAAAAUUUCUUCAAUUUGUUGAAGGUUUGAUGAAUAUGUCUUGUAUAUCUGUUCCUAGAAAUAUCAAUGUAUAUCCACAUAAAAGGCUAGAGUUAGUUGGUUAUGCUGAUGCAUCUAAUAUUGCACAUGGGUGUUGCCUUUAUUUGAGAGUAGUCAGAGAUGAUAACACUGUAAAUGUUAACCUUUUGUGUUCCAAGUCUCGUAUUAACCCUAAGGAUAAAACAUUAACUAUUCCUAGACUUGAGCUCAAUAGUGCUUUGUUGUUAGCCAAGUUGGCAAGAAAAGUGCAUGAUACUUUAGCAGUAAAAUAUAAUUAUAUUCCUAUUUACUUAUAUUUAGAUUCAAAGAUUGUUUUAUCAUGGCUUAAGAUUGAGUCUGUAAAACUAACUGCUUAUGUUGCUAAUAGAAUAGAAAAAAUCAAGCAGUUAUCAAAAGAUGUACACUGGGACUAUGUCAGCACCAACGACAAUCCUGCUGAUUGCUUAUCUCGCGGUCUUAAACCAGAUCAGUUAAUCGAAAACUCAUUAUGGUUUCAUGGUCCACAGUACUUGCAAAACAGUGAAUAUGUUCAUGAUAAUUCUCAGAUAAAUACUGAUGUUUCUGAUACUUCUGAGGUCAAUUUGAUUCCUUCAACAUGUAAUACUUUAGUUAAAUGUAAGGAAAAUAAUUUGUUUUAUAGUUUUAUAGAAAAGUAUUCUAAUUUAAAUAAAAUGACUAGAAUAAUGGCUUAUGUCAAACGUUUUGUAUUUAAUUGUAAUAAACAGAAUAUUAAGAAAAGGCAGGGACAUUUAACUCCUGAGGAGGUGGCUCUUGCUUUGCAUGACUUGAUUAAAAUUGAUCAAAGCUCACAUUUUGAAAAUGAGUUGAAAUGUUUGAAGUCGAAAGUUGAUCUAAGUUCUUACUUAAGUGGUUUAAAUCCUUUUGUUGAUGGCUGCGGCUUAUUAAGAGUAGGUGGUCGCUUGCAAAAUGCAAACCUUUCAUUUCAGCAAAAGCAUCCUAUUAUUUUGCCCAAAAAGUCAACUUUGACCAAACUUAUCAUUCUUAAUGAACACAUUCGCCUUAAGCAUGCUGGGCAGAAGCUAAUUCUUAGUAGUUUAAGCGAGCAAUAUUGGCUAAUCAAUGCUAGCAGAGAAGUAAAAUCUGUGUUGCACAAGUGUGUAUUAUGUUUCAGAUUUAAGGCUAAAGCUUCCAGUCAACUUAUGGGUUCAUUACCACUUGACAGAGUCAAUAUUACACGUCCUUUUCAAAUUGUAGGCACUGAUUAUGCGGGUCCUUUCAAUGUUAAACAAACUAGAGUAAGAAAUCCUGUUAUAACCAAGGCUUAUGUUGUUAUUUUCAUAUGUUUUAUUACUAAAGCAAUUCACAUAGAAUUGGCGUCAGACAUGACAACUAAUACUUUCUUAGCUUGUUUAAAAAGGUUUAUAAGCCGUAGAAAUAAGCCUACAAAAAUAUAUUGUGAUAAUGCUAGUUAUUAUAGAGGUGCUGAUAAUGCACUCAAGGAUUUGCAUAAGCUACUGAAUUCCACAGAUCAUCAAAACAAAGUGUUUGAUUAUGGUUGUUCAGAGAGAAUACAGUUUCAGUUUAUUCCUUCAUAUUCCCCAGUAUUUGGUGGCCUGUGGGAGGCAGGAGUAAAAAGUAUAAAAUAUCAUAUGAAACGUGUAAUUACUCAGAGUGUACUUACUUAUGAAGAACUGUAUACAGUGUUAGUGCACAUAGAAAGUAUUUUAAAUUCUAGACCAUUAACUCCCAUGUCAAGAGAUUGUGAUGACAUGUCUUACCUGACACCUGCACAUUUCCUUACUGGCUCACCAUUGACUUCAUAUCCAGAGCUUAAUUUGACUGAUGUAAAUGUAGGAAGGCUUAGUUUUUGGAAACAAUGUUCUCAAAUGCAACAGCAUUUUUGGAAUCAAUGGCAUAAACAAUAUUUAGUUAUGUUGCAGAGUCGGCCUAAAUGGAAAACUCAACUACCUAAUUUAGAAAUAGGCAAUAUGGUAUUGUUUAAGUCUGAUAAUGUAUCUCCAUUGAACUGGCCUGUAGGUAGAAUUGUAAAGGUCAUUCCAGGAAAAGAUGAUUUAGUUCGUGCAGUGGAGGUAAAAACUAGCAAAGGUCACGUUGUAAGAACAAGUGUUAUGAAAGUGUGUCCAUUACCUAUUGAGUAUAAUUAAUGGACCUACUCUUUAAUUUUAAAGUAAGAAUUACUCCUGAGUUUAGUUUAUCUUUAAUUUCUUUACUAAUCCAUUUGGGUAUUUAUUUUAAAUGUUUAGCUUUAUGAUGAGUUUAGCUUGUGGCUGAGGCCCCAGCAUGUUCAUGACAUAUAAAACCUCAUUGGAGGAUGUAUUUAAUUUUAUUUUUUUCUAAAAUGUCAAGAACAAAAGAAAGGAAUGUCACUCUGUACAAAUUUUUCCUUGUGAGCACGUUUAUAUAAUUUCUUCUAAAUUAAUAAAAGUAUUGUUACAUAUUUACACCACUUGGAAAGCCUUUUUCUUUUAUGUUCCCAAUGGCCACACCAGCGUGAUAUUG